UGUGUCGGCGGAGGGGCGGGGCUUAUGGCGGCUGCGUUCCGCCUGCGCCGUGCUGCACGCUUGCUGCCGGCCGCUAAGACUCGUGUCCCUCCCUUGCUGCUGCCCGGGCGUCUCGCUGCUUCUUCUCUGUCCCGUCUCCCCGCGCCGCCCGCCAUGCAGGCCUUCCAGUAUCCCGAGGUGCACCGCGACGAGACCGCUGUGUUGGAUUACCAUGGCUAUAAAAUCAGUGACCCAUACUGCUGGCUUGAAGAUCCCGAUAGCGAACAGACAAAGGCAUUUGUGGAGGCUCAGAACAAGCUUACAGUACCCUUCCUCGAGCAGUGUCCUGUCAGAGGACUGUUCAAAGAACGUAUGACUGAACUCUACGAUUAUCCUAAGUACGGUUGCCACUUCAAGAGAGGAAAAAGGUAUUUUCAUUUCUACAAUACAGGACUGCAGAACCAGCGAGUUUUAUAUGUACAAGACUCCUUGGAUGCUGAUGCCAAAGUAUUUCUUGAUCCAAAUAAGCUUUCUGAUGAUGGCACUGUGGCUUUACGAGGUUAUGCAUUCAGUGAAGACGGUGAAUACUUCGUGUAUGGCCUGAGUUCUAGUGGCUCGGAUUGGGUUACUAUUAAGUUUAUGAAAGUGGAAGGUCCUGAAGAUCUUCCAGAUACACUGGAGAGAGUUAAAUUCACUUGCAUGGUAUGGACCCAUGAUGGAAAAGGCGUGUUCUAUAACUGCUAUCCAAAGCAAGAAGGGAAGAGUGAUGGCACUGAGACUUCCACUAAUCUGCACCAAAAGCUGUAUUAUCAUGUAUUAGGAACUAACCAGUCAGAAGAUAUCCUAUGUGCUGAAUUUCCUGAUGAACCGAAAUGGAUGGGUGGAGCUGAGGUUUCAGAUGAUGGUCGAUAUGUCUUGCUGUCUAUCCGAGAAGGGUGUGAUCCGGUGAACAGACUGUGGUACUGUGAUCUGCAGACAGAGUCUAAGGGUAUAUCAGAUAUUCUUCCGUGGGUGAAGCUGAUAGAUAACUUUGAGGCUGAGUAUGAGUACGUCACCAAUGAAGGAACAGUGUUCACCUUCAAGACAAAUCGCCAUUCUCCAAAUUACCAGUUAAUCAACAUUGACUUCAGUGACCCAGAUGAAUCUAAAUGGAAAGUUCUCAUCCCUGAACAUAAAAGAGAUGUUCUAGAAUGGGUUGCUUGUGUGAGGUCCAACUUGCUGGUUUUGUGCUAUCUGCAUGACGUGAAGAAUAUCCUGUACCUUCAUGAUCUGGCUACUGGUGCGCGUCUCAAGACACUUCCCCUAGAGGUUGGCAGUAUUGUGGGAUAUAGUGGUCAAAAGAAGGAUACAGAAAUAUUCUAUCAGUUUACUUCCUUUUUAUCUCCAGGUAUUAUAUAUCACUGUGAUCUGACCAAAGAGGAACUGGAGCCGAGAGUUUUUCGGGAGGUGACUGUGAAAGGAUUUGAUCCUUCUGUUUACCAGACAAUUCAGGUUUUCUACCCUAGCAAAGAUGGUACUAAGAUCCCAAUGUUUAUUAUCCAUAAGAAAGGAAUUAAACUGGAUGGCUCUCACCCUGCCUUCUUGUAUGGAUAUGGAGGUUUCAACAUGUCGAUUACACCAAGCUACAGUGUAUCAAGACUUAUUUUUGUACGACAUCUAGGGGGUGUUCUCGCCAUAGCAAACAUCAGGGGUGGUGGUGAAUAUGGAGAGACCUGGCACAAAGGUGGUAUCUUGGCCAACAAACAAAAUUGCUUUGAUGACUUCCAGUGUGCUGCCGAAUACCUCAUCAAGGAAGGCUACACAUCCCCAAAUAAGCUGACUAUUAAUGGAGGCUCAAAUGGGGGCCUCUUAGUUGCUGCCUGUGCUAAUCAGCGCCCCGACCUAUUUGGUUGUGCUAUUGCCCAAGUGGGAGUGAUGGACAUGCUCAAGUUCCACAAGUACACCAUUGGUCAUGCUUGGACCACUGACUACGGUUGCUCUGACUGUAAAGAACAGUUUGAAUGGCUGUGCAAGUACUCUCCACUUCACAAUGUCAAACUACCAGAAGAAGAUGGCAUCCAGUAUCCCUCUACGCUGCUUUUCACAGCAGACCAUGAUGAUCGUGUGGUCCCUCUGCAUUCACUUAAGUUUAUUGCUACUCUGCAACAUGUUGUGGGCCGAAGCCGUAAACAAACCAAUCCACUUCUCAUCCAUAUUGACACCAAGGCUGGGCAUGGAUCAGGAAAGCCGACUGCUAAAGUUAUAGAAGAAGUGUCAGAUAUGUUUGCUUUUAUAGCACGAUGCCUAAAUCUUGAUUGGAUUGAAUAGGCGAAAUGCUUAUUACUGUCUCUCGUAGAAAACAAGGGCUUUAACACCAUUUAAGACCAAUCAGACUACUACUUGGUGUAGUACUUAGAUUUAAGAACUGCAGUUUAAUAUUUUAUUGCUCCAACCUGCUAUGGAGUUUUGAUCUUUUGUGCUUCCCUCUGUUUGGUUUUUCUUUUAAUUUCUUUUCUACUGUGUUCCAAAGUACAUUUUGAAAAGCAUGUUCAAAUAAAUAGCUGAGCUACUGUCAGUGCUGUUGUGAUCAUUUAGAUUCCAGAGUUAGUGCUAGUUGAGCUUAAACAAUUUUAAUGUAAAACAUUAAAACUUUUAAACAGUUUUAAUGUAUUUUGUACCUAUAAACUUAUCCAGAUAAUCUGUAAUUAAAUGUAAGUACAGUCCAGAUACAAGAACACUGAGCACACUUUAUUUACACAGUAACUUAUUUAAGAACGUAAAUUGAAGGUGUUCAGCCACAACCAUGAAAUACUGAAGAGACAGUAAUCUGGGUAAUUAAAUCAGGUAUUAUUGAAAGCUUGUAUUACGUGUGGUUCAUAUAUGUUUUGCAAUCUAUAAUCAUGAUGUUGCCAAAUUGUUCUAUCUUUCCAAAGAGACGUCAAAAUGUCACCAGUUUUAUCUUCUGUUAUUUACUUCCACACAGAAGAGAAAAUUGGAGGCUAGAAAACUUGAAGAAUUCUUCUGUAAUCUCAGCCGAGCUAUAAAGAUACUCUCCAACAACCCUUCUGCUGUUAGCUCUCUAGCUGUUUCUGAAGAGUAGUCCAGGUACUGGUUUAGAAACAAAAUAGUAACAGCAAAAAAAACCAAUAACCCCAAACCACAGCUUUGUCCAGAUUGUUCAGGUUCAGCUUUUCCUGAUGCCUUUGACAGAAUGUUCUUUAAUAAACUGAAAUCUGAACGUACAUAUAUAACCUAUGUUCCGGCUGCAGAACAAGAGCUCAUAGUUAGACUCCCUAAUGAUUUGACACAGGCACAGUAUUUGAAUGGCCUUUUCAUGUAUUUCUAUGUAGGCUGUAGAGAUAUAAAGAAAGUGUGAGUAUUUGCCUGCUAGCUGUAUAAACUCUGAUACACUGCAGCAAUUAGUGUUUAAUUUUACAUAGGAAAGCAGUAUUCUACCAACUAUUAUCAGUGUUGUUGCCCCUCAAGUAAAACACUGCUGCUUCCCGCUUUUGGGUGAACUGAUGAAUUCUUCAGAGUAGUGCUUGUAAUUAUAGUCAUCCUUAGACCCUAAGGCCUGUAUUUUAACUGUAAGCUCAGGAGUUUAAUCUGAAAGGAAACAGCAUCUAAGCUGAGGAAGAUGAGGGAAUGGUGUUUAAAAGUGGAGUAGACUGCUGUAAACAGCAGCAAAAUUAAGAUAAAUUUGCACCAGACUCACUCUGUAUUUCUCUCAUGCUCUGGGGCUUCUGCUGAUCCCUCUGCAAUCCAAGAUGGAUCAUCCUUCCCAAGCCUUAUUAUGCAUAAUUUGAUGUUAGGAGGGAACAAAUAAAAAGAUUUCUGCUUUCCUGUGAAAUACCACACCUAAAACUCGCAUGGGAUCUGGCGUUCAUUUGUGAUCCAUGGACUUUACAGUCCUACCACAUAAUUUAAUGGACUGAUGCAUUCUGAUCACCACAUUGAAUUAAACAAUCACAUUAGGGAGUUGAGGGAGAGCUUGGGUUUGGGUUUUUUUUUCCCUCUGGGCUGUGAAAACAGGGUUUAGGUUUAGCAUCUCCUUUCUCCCAGUGAUAUGUGAACAGCUUUCCAUGAUCGUCUGGGAAUUUAGAACAGCUUGCUUGUACAGCAGAAGCACAGCACAUAAAGCAGUGCCAUCUCCACUUGUAACACCUCCCAGUUGCUGCAUCUGGCCUGUUGCUGAAUGUUACCAUAUCAUCAUGAGAGGAGAUCUUCGCCUCCAAGAAGAUAGCUUUGCUGUGUAGGGUGUGUGGAAAACGUGGUCCUCAGGUGUUUGUGAAGUAGAGCUGAAUUGUGUUGGUGCAUUGAAUUGCAAAGGUUUGAGCACUGCCACCUCAAUCAUCUCUUCAGGUCUUUGUUCCUAAAAAUGCUUUUCCUGGUUCUCCAGCUGCUCAAACACAAAACUUCUGGCACAGGUUAAAAAUCAUUUUCCUCCUGAAGCCUUCUGCUGAAGCCGAGUUGCCUGAAUGGCUCAGUAUCAGGGCAAAUAACCUGUAAUGGUAUGAGUUUGGAAACUAAGAUUUCUCUCUGAGUGGCAAUCAAUAGUAUUAAAGGUGGAACUGGCUUGCCCAAGACACCACUCACAAAGAAGUUUGUAGAAUGUUGGGAUCUCUAUUGGGAGAACAUUGUGUUUCUGUAAUAAGGUCUCAAUGUCGAUGUUUUAAUCAAUCGGCUAUGCCAAGUCCAAGAUUCAGGUGCCAAAAAAGUGUUGUUGCAGAGUGUCCUACUAGCUGAGUUGUUCCUUUUGGUGCCGAAAGGGUCAUGCUCCAACUGAAAUCUGUAAUUAACUCUGAGCAAGUAAUGCUCUUGUAAUAUAGGGGGCUUUAAACUUUCAGGAUUUGGAUUAAGUAGUCCUGGAGCCAAACCAUUCCUGCUGUAUAAAAUCUAAUGAAAUCUCUGUUUUCAAGGUUAACUUCUUUUCUCUGCAGUGGAAAUGCUAUUUUAUGAAGCAGCUGCCUAUGUUGUAUCGUUUAUUCCCAGUAUGUGAAGCAAGAUUCACUAGCUGGGCAAGGUAACCUCCUGACAACUCUCUGCAUUUUCAAAAUCAUAUUUCUUUAUAGAUAAACAGAUACCAAUGUUUUGUGCCAAGAUCAAAAUGAGAAAAAUCUUUAAAGUGCUGUAAGAGGCUUAUGUUACAUGAACCAAAAUCUGGUUUUAAGUGGAAAUAAAUGAACUUUUUACAUAUUGCUCCUUCUGGUACUCUUCACAACUAAUGUAAAGCUACCUUAGUUGUCUUUGCUCCUAUGAGAAUACAUCUGCAACAGAAUUGAUUUAUGUGAAAAAGGUCAGAAAUAAUUUUAAAACCUGAGAGUCUUCAUAUUCUUCACAGAAAAAGAUAUUUUAAUUCCUUUGCAUCAGAGUUAAUUUACAUUCUGGUAGCAGGGGAAAAAAAAACCCAAAAACUAAACCAAAA